GAAUCUCCACGAAGAAGCCCAAAAACGCAGUCUCCCAACAAGGUACGAUAUUUUGAUGAUUUAUUGUUCUUAUUUUGUGCUCGGGGGUACGUUAUACAAGAGAUGGCUUGGUUUAGCGGGAAAGUCUCGUUAGGGAACUUCCCUGAUCUAGCAGGGGCGGUAAAUAAGCUCAGUGAGAGCGUCAAGAAUAUCGAGAAGAAUUUCGAUACUGCACUUGGUUUCGAAGACAAACCCGAUUCUAGUACCAGCACUGAAGCUUCGGGAUUAUGGCCAGUUAUGUCCUUUAUGGGGCAUAAAAGCGAGGAUAGUACAGUUGAAUCUUCAGAGGAAACUGUAUCUCCACAGAAAUCAUCAACUGCUGAGGAGAAAGAGACACAAAAUUCUGACACAGAACAAACCACAGCUUUAGAAGAAAAUCAAAUGCUUGACAGAAAAAAAGAUGGCGAGUAUCUGCAGAUUGCUGAGAAAAAAGAUGGUGUCAUUUCAGACUCUGGCAAAGCUGAACUCGAUCCCAAAUUGCAAUCAGAACCUAAGGCUGUCGAACCUCCUGAGCCAGUUGUCCAUGAUGUUAAAAUACCAGAUUCAGCUGAUGAAUUACAGGGGAAAGAGAUUUCAGAGGUAGGGCCUACUGAAAAUUCAGAAACAUUGGAGAUCAAGUCAGAAGCAUCCAGGGUUGAUGAAGUCGAGGCUGCUUCCAUCUUACAUAGUGAGUCACAUAAUGUGUUUCAUGUCAAGAGCAUAGAUGAACAAGAGACACAUGCUGAGGAGACUGUAGAACAAAGUUCUAUUCAAGCUGAGGCAUCAAGUGAUAUGCAAGCUGAGGCAUCGGAUGAUGUGCAAAUUGAGGCAUCAACUGAUAUCCUAGCUGAGGCAUCAAGUGAUACCCGAGCCGAGGCUUCAAGUGAUACCCUUCAUCCGGUUCACGGCCAAUAAUUAGUGCUGAAGUGAGUG